AUGAGGGAGAGGGAGGAAAGUUGGAGGAAGGAAGGAGAGAGGUGGGAAGAAGGACUUAAAAAGGUGGAAGGAAGGGUAGGAAACAUGGAAAAGAGAUGGGAGGAGAAAGAAGGAGAAAAGAAGAGAAAGGUGGGGGAGGAAGGGAAGGUGGAAAGUAGAGUAAGGGAAUUGGAGGGAAAGUUGGAGAGGAGGGAAAGGGAAGAGAGGAAGAAGAAUGUAAUAGUUAAGGAGUUAAAAGUGGGAGAAGGGGGGAGGAGAGAGGCGGUGGAGAGAUUAAUGGCGGAGAUUGGAGCAAAGGUGGAGAUAGAGGAAAUGAGGGGGUUAGGAAGGAAUAUAGAAAGGGGAACGGAGACGCUGUGGGUGAAGUUAAAAAAAGAAGAGCAGAAGAGGGAGGUGAUGAGAAGGAAGAGGGAGUUAAGGGGGAGAAAAGAAAUAAUUAGGGAAGACUUAACAUGGAGGGAGAGGAGAAUGGAGUGGAAAUUGGAAGAAAUAGCGAAAGAGGAAAGAAGAAAGGGAAAAAGAGUAUGGAGAGUGUACGGGAAGGUAAGAAUAGAAGAGGAAUGGUGGAUAUGGGAUGAGGAGAAUGAAAGCUGGGAUGUGAUGGUAUUAUCAGAAACGUGGGUGGGGGAAAAGGGAUGGGAGAAGAUAAAGAGGUGGUUACCGAGAGGACUUAUAUGGGGGAUGCAGGAAGCAAAGAGAGUAAAUAAGAAAGGAAGAGCUAUGGGGGGAAUGAUUAUGGGGAUAAGGAAGGAUAUAUUGGAGAAUGGGACGGGAAUUGAGAAGGAGAAAGAGGGGAUAAUGGUGGGGAAUAUAAAAAUAGGGGAGAAGAGAUGGAAGAUAAUAGGAGUAUACGUUAGGAGGGAAGGAAUAGAUAGGACAUUGGAGGAGUUGGAGGGAUGGAUGGAGAAGGAGGAGGAGGAGAAGGGAAUAUUGAUGGGAGGGGAUUUUAAUGCGAGAACGGGGAGAGAAGGUGGGGGAAUAGAGGGAAGUGUGGAGAGGGGAGAGGAGGAUGGAUGGAGGAUGUCGAGAGAUAAGAAGGUGGAUAAAGAGGGAAAAAAUUGUUAA